AUGUCGCUCCCGUGUCGCACGUCGCAAGUCGCAUGUCGCCACGGCCGCCUCGAUCCAGCACGCUCUCUCGCGUCGUCCCAUCUCGCACAUCUCGAAUGGCUUUUUGCAAAUCUUCCGCCGUCCAUUCAUCAACGCAUUACUCACCAGCGCCGAUCUCCGCCGUCGCCCGCCAGUCGCACCCUUCAGGGCCGCCAUCCCACUGCCCCACUCCCCUCCGACUGUCAGCGCGCGGAAAAUGCCGCGUCAGUGCGGGCUCGCGACGAUGCCGCGAUGCAUCGCUGCGGGGACAAGCUUGUUGCUGGCGGGGGGGACGGCGCAAAAGGGGGGGGAGGAGGCACGCGGGCGGACGGGAUUCUGAGAGGGCUGGGGGGUGAGGGGGGAGGAGCAGAGGGGGGACAUGGAAGGGCAGGGGGAGGGGUGAGCGGGGAUAGUAUGGAGCGCAGAUGGGGGGAUGAGGGUGAUAAGGGGAACGAAGGGGGUAGGCGGAUGGGGGGAGAAGGCAUGGUGGUGGUGGACGUGGGGGCCGAGGGGGAGGGGGAGGGGCAUCAGGGGCAUGUGGAGCAAGAUGAGUUCAGAUACAUUCAACGAACUCCCAACCAACCGCACGGCGCCAGCUGGCUGUUCCAUGACGUCAUCACCGCCCUGCGAUCCUCCGCCGUGUUCCAAUUGCCAGCACUCGCCACCCCCAGCAGCAGCAGCAGUAACAGCACCAACGAGCUCGAUACCCCGUUACCAGUCCCUCACAUGCCACCUCCCCCAGGCGCCACCUGCGUGGGCGGGUGUGGCAUCAGCAACCAGGCAGCGCUCGCCCUCCUCCCCUGCGCGCUGCACGCGAUGCUGCACUGCAUGGCCGUGGGGCAGCUGCUCGCGCUGCUCACCCGCCACGCCUUCGCCCCCCGCCACGCCCUCCUCUCCACCGCCCUCUCAGAGGCCCUCUUUGCUCUGCUCUCCGCCCUGCCUGCCACCGCCCCCGCGCCCAGCCCCCUGGGAGCGGCGCUCAUGGGCGGGCUGUGGCGGGUGAGUGGCGCGCUGGGGGUGCCCUUCCUGCCCUGGCUGGGCUGGGUGGGGCUCUGGGCGGCUGUGUUCCUUCUGCUGGCUGCGGGAGGGAAUGCGUGCCGAGCUGCGGACCAGUGGGGUGCUGCCAUGUGGCGGGUGGAAGGAGUGGUGACGAGCGGAGUGCUGUUUGUGGGUGCGGUGCAGAUGAGUGCGGAGGGUUUCAGGCAGGCGGCGGGGGUGGAGGGAGGGGAGGCGGUGGCGUUUGCGACGGUGUGUGUGGCGGCGGCGGGGGUCAUCAUUGCACUGUGGCUUAGCAGAGCUGCCACGUGGCAUGUUCUGAGUGGCUACAUCCGUGGUUCGCUUGCGCACUAUGCGCUCAUACUGGCCUUCCUCGCGUCUGCAGGCACGUACUCUCCCGCUCUCGCAUAUGCUCGCAUCAAUCUCUCGUACCUGCUAUUCCCUUCGCUCCACUCUCCUGUUCCUCCUUCCAUCACCACCCCUUUGUAUUUCAUUCCAUCCCUCCCAUCCUCUGCCCUCUCUUCUGAACGUUCCUCUCUCAAGUUCCCUCCCCUUCCUGUCUCCUUUCCAACACCCUUCCUCUUUCCGGCUACCGCUCAUCACCGCACCCCACACCCUCCAACACCUCAGGCGCAGCUGCAUGGUGCUGCGGGGUGUGGGCAGCGCGUGAGGGCAGAGCAGGCUUGGGGAGCAGAGCGUGCGAGGAGGAAGCGGAGGGGAGCAGGGGUGAAGGGGUGGGGAGGCAGGGGUGGAGAGGCGGAGAGGGCAGGGGACGUGGAGUGGGGUAUGGGCGUGGGGGAACCAGCAGGAGGCACAGGAGGAGGGCAUGAGCAGGGUGGGGGAAGGGUUGACGAGGUGGUGGGGGGAAAUGAUGGGCGGGGGUAUGGUGGAGGUGGAGGGGAGGAAGAAGAGGAUGAAGAGGGAUGGAGAGUGGAUGCAGGAGAGGGGGUUGCAGCUGGGACAGUGGCAAUGGCAGUGAGCAGUGAGAGAGGGUGUGAGAGAGGGUGUGAGAGAGUGAGUGUGAGGGAGUGGGACCUGUGUGUGACUGCCAUAGUGGUGGCUCUCUGUCUCCUGCUCGGCCUCCCUCCUCCCAUCCGCAUUCCAUAUCUGAGCACCAUCCGCCUCUCAUACCUGCUCAAGCAUGCACCGCCCACUGCACCUGCCACUGUCACAACCGCCAGUCAACGCCGCACCGCGGGCCCUCAUGUAGCCCGCCCACGCAAGCACUCCCCCCGCCGUGGCAACACCACCAUGAGGCCCGCAUCCGACUCCAUGCUGCUGCCUCUCGUGCCACUCGCUGCUGGCAGCCAGGGGAGCUCAUCAGUGCCAGGCACACGCCCUCCGCACUCUCCGCCCUCUCCCCCUGCCCCCCUGGCGGCGCUGGUGUGUGAGUGGCGCACCGUGGGGGGUUUGCUGGCGGCUCUGCUGGCGCUGCUCGCCCUGCCCUCCACGCCUGCUCGCAUCCUCACCCUCGUGCCCAUCGCGCCCCUCAUCGGCACUUGCAUGGCGGUGAGUGCUUUGGGUGUUUUAGAUGGAAUGAAGCAUUCGUGCAUGGCUCAGCGCGAUGUGUUUCCCCGUGCCGUGAUACACAUUCCUUCUCCUUCCUCGCUCUGCCUCUCCCACCCACCUCUUUCUGUUCUGGCAGAUGGCAAUCCUACUCUUCCCCCCUUCACUCCACCUCCACCUCCUCCUCUCCCUCGCCCACCCCUCCCGUCGCCCUUCUCUCCCCCCUCUCCCCCCAUCCGCCCUCCCCUUCCUCCGCCGCCUCACCUCCCUGGAGUGCCUCUCAGCCGGCCUGCUGCUCGGGUGGUCCUACCUGCCCUUCCUUGCCGCCUCCUUUUCUCUUCCCCUCCUCCUCCUCGCUCUCCUAAUGAACCCUCUUCUCCAUCGCCUGCUCCCCCCGCCCCUCUGCGCCCGCCUCGCGCCUCCCCUGCUUCCCUGAGCGCAGGUGGCACUGGGAGGAGGGCUGGGUGGAAGGCAGGGAGAGCAGAGGAGCGCAUGAGCACUGCGGGAGAGAGGUGGCGAGGCAACAGAGUUGUGGAGGAGGGGAGUGAGACGGAGGGAGGGAGUGGGGUGGGUGGUGAUGGGGAAGAGGGGAGAAGGGGUGUGAAACGGCGAGCGGUGGGGGAAAAGUACGAGUGUGAGGUGGGGGGCGGGCGAGAUGGGCACAUGCCAGCAGAUGGGCGUGUGGAUGGGUGUGGGUCUGGGCAUGGGCGUGGACAUCAGAACGCGGAGGUGCAUGUGGGUAUGAUGUCAGCGCUAACAACAUCAUGGCAUGACAUCUCGACGGACGACCCAUCCUCUCCUCUGCACCACUCCGCAUCUCCUCUGCACCACUCCGCACCUCCUCUGCACCACUCCGCACCUCCUCUGCACCACUCCGCACCUCCUCUGCACCACUCUGCACCUGCUGCUCGUGGCCAGCCUGCACCUGGGCAGUCACAGCAAGGCAGUGGUGGGCCGGCAGAUGGCCGGACGAACUCCCACGUGCUCGUGCAAGGUGGUGCCGGUGGUCAUGUGACUGAGGCACGAAAGGGCGAGGGUGGUGGUGGUGUGCAGAGAUGUAGUGAGGGAUUGGAGAGUGAGGGAACAGUGGCAGCGGUGGACAUUGGAGCUCGGUUCAGAGGGAUGCUGAGGAGAGGUGUGGCUAUUGAGUGCAUGAUGGCUAGUGAGGCGAGUGGAGAGGAGGAGGAGGAGGAGGAGGAGGAGGAGGAGGAGGAGGAGGAGGAGGAGGAGGAGGAGGAGGAGGAGGAGGAGGAGGAGGAGGAGGAGGAGGAGGAGGAGGAGGAGGAGGAGGAGGAGGGGGGGGGGUGGCGACUGGACAGAAACGGGUAUUAG